AUGUGUUUGUCAUCUCCCCAAGAAGCUGGGUGGACGGCAUGUGGUAGAGGACCUCAAAACGCAGCCAGCAAGCUGCUUGGAAGUGGAAACCCUAAGCAGAAAGCUUCCUCAACACAGUUUGCCGCCGUAGCGUCUGCUCCUCGCGGUGCAACCAAACCUCCGUCCAACAUGAAGUUCAACAUUGCGAAUCCCACUACGGGGUGCCAGAAAAAGCUCGAAAUCGACGAUGAUCAGAAGCUCCGAGCAUUUUUUGACAAGAGGAUCUCACAGGAGGUUAAUGGAGAUGCUCUUGGAGAGGAAUUUAAAGGCUAUGUUUUCAAAAUCAUGGGAGGCUGCGACAAGCAAGGAUUCCCCAUGAAACAGGGAGUGUUAACUCCUGGCCGCGUCCGUCUCCUGCUCCACAGAGGGACACCAUGUUUCCGUGGAUAUGGUAGGCGCAAUGGAGAACGGAGGAGGAAGUCUGUGCGGGGGUGCAUUGUCAGCCCAGACCUUUCUGUUCUGAACUUGGUUAUUGUGAAGAAGGGCGAGAAUGAUCUUCCUGGGCUAACUGACACGGAGAAACCAAGAAUGAGAGGUCCAAAGAGGGCAUCCAAAAUUCGUAAACUCUUCAACCUCUCCAAGGAGGAUGAUGUUCGAAAGUAUGUCAACACGUACCGUCGAUCAUUCACUACAAAAUCUGGUGGGUUAUUCAGUUUUAUACCUGUAUAAAUGUUUUUUGUCCCAGUGGACUGUGGAUGCAAGGCAGUAAG